UCAUACUCAUUUUAUACAAUUGAAUAAAUUGAUUUAACUUCGUGCCUAUUAACUAACAACACCUACACACUCAAACUCAAUUUUAUUACGUCAUUAUCGUAUUUAUAAUUUUCUCAACAAAAUCUGAAGUUGUUGCUGCUGGACGAAGAUGAAGUGAAAAGGAAGUUCAUCAACUCUUCUAUCAGCUUUCAUCUAUUUGAUUCGAAUUCUUCUGCAGUCUGAUCCAAACCCAUAAAUUGCAGAUUCACAGAAGGAAUAAUGGGAUCAGAGAAGAAUCCUAAAGCAAAUAAUGCGGAAAAAGAAGAAGAAGAACGAGAAGAAUUUCUUCACCCCCUUUCCGCAGAUGAUAAAUUGCAAACCCUAACCCUCAAUAGCGACGGCGAAGAAACCUUCAAUGGAGAAGUCUCUACAUCCAAAUCCUAUUCACAUUACCGCAGUGCCAUGACUACUCUUUCCUCCUCCACCGAGCAACCCCUUUUCCCUCCGCCGUCGGUCGCCACGACUCCCGCCGUCUCGGAUCCCCUCCUAUUCCCCUCUCACAACCCCUCUCUUGAUUCCCCAUCCUACGCGGACAUGUUCCAUCCGUUCCACGAAAGGCUCCCGGAAUCCAACGGAAACGGCGAGAUCUCCGGCGAGGACACGGUUUCGUCGCCUCUAUCUCAGUCUUCUAGCUCUGACUAUCUGAGAAUCAGCGUUUCGGAUCCGCAGAAGGAGUUUGAGCCCUCGAAUUCGAUUGUUCCGGGUGGGAAUACUUACAUCAGUUAUCUGAUCAUGACGAGCACGAACAUUGCGGAUUAUGAGGAGUCGGAUUUUAGCGUGCGCAGGCGGUUUAAGGAUGUAGUUACGCUGUCGGAUCGGCUGAGUGAAGGUUACAGAGGGUUCUUCAUCCCGCCUCGGCCGGAUAAGAGUUUAGUUGAAAGUCAGGUGAUGCAGAAGCAGGAGUUUGUGGAGCAGAGAAGAGUGGAAUUGGAGAAGUACUUAAAGAGGCUCGCGAGGCAUCCGAUGAUUCGAAAGAGCGAUGAGUUGAGGGUGUUUUUGACGGUGCAGGGGAGAAUGCCAUUGCCCACGAGCAUUGACAUGGCGUCGAGGAUGCUUGAUGGGGCUGUGAGGCUGCCGAAGCAGCUGUUAGGAGAGUCGAGUAGUGUGAUUGAGCCGCAAGAUGUGGUGCAUUCAGCUAAAGGUGGGAGGGAUAUGCUGAGGUUCUUUAAGGAAUUCAAGCAAUCUGUUGUCAAUGAUUGGGGUAACGCAAGGCCGUCUGUGGAGGAGGAGGAUAAGGAGUUCUUGGAGAAAAAGGCCAAGUUGAAGGAUCUUGAGCAGCAUCUCACAAAUGCGUCGAAGCAGGCAGAAUCAUUGGUUAAGGCACAGCAAGAAAUGGGGGAGAUCAUGGGAGAAUUGGGGUUGGCUUUUAUCAAGUUAACCAAGUUUGAGAGUGAGCAGGCAACAUCAAAUACCCAAAGAGUGAGGGCUACUGACAUGAAAAAUGUAGCCACUUCAGCUGUUAAAGUGAGCAGAUUGUAUCGAGAAUUAAAUGCACACACUGUGAAGCAUUUUGAUUCAUUGCACGAACACAUGGGAAUGAUGUUAGCUGUACACAGUGCGUUUGCAGAUCGUUCUAGUGCCUUACUGACAUUGCAAACUCUUAUAUCGGAAUUGUCUGCCUUGCAUUCAAGAGCUGAUAAACUUGAAACUGCUUCAUCUAAAAUGUUUGGUGGUGACAAGUCAAGGGUUCGCAAGUUGGAGGACUUAAAAGAUGCCAUUAGGGUCACAGAGGAUGCCAAAAGUUGUGCCAUCAAAGAAUAUGAAAGGAUUAAGGAAAAUAAUAGGACCGAAAUCCAAAGGCUUGACGAAGAAAGAAAGGCCGACUUUGUUAACAUGCUGAAAGGAUUUGUUACAAAUCAGGUUGCAUAUAGUGAGAAAAUUGGAAUUGAGUGGACCAAAGUGGCGGAGGAGACAAGCAGAUACGCGAGGGAGAGCACGUAGAGGACUUGUGUAUAUUUUCAGAUUCUUCUUCAACCUUUUGGUAUGAGCUUGUGAAGUAGCUAAGAGGAGUAAUGGUGCGUAAUAAACAUCAUACAGAAAGUUAGUCUUAAUUUUAUUUCUUCAUCGCUUAGACUGUUUUUCUGGUUUGUAAGAGGUUGUUUGUACAUCCUCACAACUUCGACUGUAAUGCUGUAACCAUUUUACUCCUAUUAUACAAAACAAUAUCUCAUACUUUCUCCAA